UAAAAAAGGAACGUUGCAGGCAGUAUUCCUAAUUCCUAAUUCUCUGUUUUCUUCUCGAGGCGGUCACCUCUAUGGAGUGGGUAUUCUCUACUCUUCUCUUCUUGAAUCUUCGAAUUUCAGCGAGGUAGGGGAUGAGAUGUCCGGAACCACUAGCUAGGGGGUUCCCUUUUUUCACUGGCUCUGAUGAACUGUUCGGAAGGCCAGAAGCAGUUCCAACCUCUUCUGAGGUUGAGUCGUCUUCUAUGAAAGCAACAGCUUCUGUUGAGGAAAGAAGGAGAAAGAGAAUUCAUAAACGUAUGACAAGAACAAAAAUACUUUAUGAGUGACUGGAAGGGUGUAUACAGUACAAUUUCCAAAGUUGGUUGAGGAAGUUGUCAAGGACAGCCAUCACCUAAGACAUUUAAUUGGAAUUUGUGAAGCUCAAAGGAAAGUUGGAGAAGCUUCUCUAAAUGAUAAAAGCUCAAGAUUACAUCAGAUAAUCUGACUGGUAAGCCUAACUGAUAUUUAGGAUUUUUACCUGUUUGUGCUUCCUUUCUAUCAACUCUUCAGGAACUGGAGUCUGUACCUUCUAUGGUAACUUUUUAAAGGGUUUUUGAUAAUCUAGUGCAAUUAUUUCUAUAUCCACAUGUCUCUAGUAUGUUUUUUAAUGUCUGUAUGUGCGUGUGAUACUUUUUUGUAUUACAGGAGAUAGCCCUUCUGCUUGGCCAGCAAGACAGCUCAUUUCUGCCCAUUAUAUUGUAAUGAUGUACUAGUAUCUCAUUUAAAUUUCCAUGCAUGAAACUAGCGUCUUAUGUUGAAAACCAUUCUUUUUAUCACAGACUAUUCAGGGAAGUCUCCGGGAAAAUACAGGGUGUGUGAAGUCUUUUUUAGCAAGUUCAGUAUGUCUACGAGUUCUCUUCACACUUAGGAUAGUUGACAAUAUGAAGCAAUUUUAUAUUUCAUGUCUCCCACACCCGCCCACUGUGGAGCCUUGUGCAUGGGAGUUUCUUACCUAUGUUUAUUGCAGCAUCAAGGCCUUCCAGGGAUAUUGCUUUGCUUUGUCCGAUCAAUCUAAUUAUUCCUUCAUCUGCCAUUGGUGAGUUAAUCUUUUUUGCAUGUGAUUGGAACUCUUGCUUUAAAUUAAACGAAGUUGAUGCUAGGCAAUCGAGGGAGAAGUUCGGACUUCUUGAGAAACACAAGGACUAUGUCAUUCGUGCAAAAGCGUAUCACAAGAAAGAUGAGACAUUACGGCGAUAAAGCGGCUUCUAGGAACCCAGAUGAGUUCUAUUUCAAGAUGAUCAAAACUAAAACUGUUGAUGGAAUUCAUAAACCUGAGAGCAUGGCAAUAAAUACACUCAUGAAGAACUUAUAUUGAUGAAGACCCAAGAUAUUGGAUUUAUUCUUCAGAAAUUGCAGAGCGAGAAGAAGAAAAUAGAAAAGCUAACUGCUGUGCUGCACUCACUUGACGGUCAGCCAUUCAACAGACAUGUUUAUCAUGCAACAGACAGGAAAACAGUUGCUUCUUACCGACAACUUGAAGCAAGGAAGAAGAUAGUAAAUGAUCUGGAAAACAUAUAUAUGGAUAUGGUACUGCAGAAAGAAUUACAGUUUGGAAGUGAGCACCAGGGACAGUCAGAUAGAAAACUAUUUUUGGUUUCACUAUGGCAAAAGGAGUUGAAGAAAUAUUGGACCAUGGAGAAGCGAGUCCCGUUACCAGUUGUAUGACUGAAAAUGGUUUCCCUUCUUUCCUUGAGCAAAUCAUUUGUCCAAUUUAUGAGAUCAAGUAUGGAUUUGGUACUCUUUUUAUGACAUGGAAAUCCAUAGUUGCUGCCUUUUGGGUGGCACGGGUAAACCCAUGGGUCCUCGUAAUAGUAGCAAAACACGCGUGUCAGGUAAGCACAUGAUAAUUCUCGAUACAAACACGGUAAGAAUUGAAUA